AUGAGGGCGGUCUUAAUUGUGUUGCUGGCAGCGGUGGCUGCCGGCCAGGAAUUACCGCGAACGCAGUACACCACGGCUGUGAGACUGGCCUCCCCGGGUUUCUUCUCCUACUCUUCUGGUUCUGCUAACCAAUUCCAGAGCAAUUCCUUUUCUUCUGCUGGAAAUUUCAACAGCCAAUUCCAAGCAAACGCUCUUCAAAAUAAUGAAGGCCUUUCCUCUGGGAGCAGUUCUGGUUCAUUCCAGAACAAUCAGAGAGGAAGCUUUAGGUCAAGUCCUCUGAUUGGAAGUAGCAGCCCAUCUGGUUCUUUCUCAAGUCAAACCGGAAACCCGUUUGGUGUUUCUGGAGGAAGAUUCAGUUUUUUCCAAACCCAAGGAAAUAAUUUCCAAUCAGGCAGCAGCAACCAAAAUUCAGGAGGGCGCCUCCAGUUUGGUUCAUCUAUUAGUCCUGCUGUUAAACUUGCUGGUUCUGAUUCAGGAAAUGGCUUCAGUCAGCCUGGAUCAUUCCAAAACAACCAAGGUCAACAAAGACCACAGCAGGUUUCCGUCAAACUUGCAGGAUCAUCAAGCAGCUCCUUCCAGAAUAAUCAAGGUAGCACAGGGAUCCAAGGAAGUGCUGGCAGUGCAGUCAGACUCGGAGGCAGCCAGAGAGGUACUAGCAGUGUAUUCAGAGCUGGAGGGAGCCAAGUAGGUGGAAGUACAUUUGCAGCUGGAGGAAACCAAGGAGGUUCUAGCAGUACAUUUGGAGGUGCAAUUGGAGGCCGCCAACAAAGUUCUGGCAGUCCAUUCACAGCAGGAGCUGGAAGUAGCCAGGGAAGUAUUGGUAGUGCAUUUGGAGCUGGAACCAGCCAAAGAGGAACUGGCAGCGGAUUUGGAGUAGGUCAGCAGGGAGGUACUGGCAGUACUUUCCAAGCAGGAGCUGGAGGCAGCCGAGGAGGUGCUGGCAGUGGAUUUGGAGCAGGAAUAGGAGGCCAGCAAGGAACUGGCAGUAGAUUUGGAGCUGGAAGUAACCAAGGAGGUGCUGGCAGUGGAUUUGGACCAGGAGCUGGAGGCCAACAAGGAGCUGGCAGUAGAUUCGGAACUGGAAGCAGCCAGGGAGGGUCUGGCAGUGGAUUCGGCACAGGAAGCAGUGGAUUUAGAGCAGGUGCUGGAGAUCAACAAGGUGCUGGAAGUAGAUCUGGAGCUGGAGGCAACAAUGGAGGUUCUGGCAGUGGAUUUGGAGCAGGUACAAGAGGCCAACAAAGUGCAGGCAGCAGAUUUGGUGCCGGAGGCAGCCAACAAAGUGCUGGCAGUGGAUUUGGAGCAGGUACUGGAAGCCAACAAGGUGCAGGCAGCAGAUUCGGAGCUGGAGGCAACCAGGGAGGUGCUGGCAAUGGAUUUGGAUCAGGAGCUGGAGGCCAACAAGGUGCAGGCAGCAGACUCGGAGCUGGAGGCAACCAGGGAGGCCAACAAGGUGCUGGCAGUAGAUUCGGUGCUGGAGGCAGCCAAGGAGGUGCUGGCACUGGAUUUGGAUCAGGAGCUGGAGGCCAACAAGGUGCUGGCAGUAGAUUCGGUGCUGGAGGCAACCAGGGAGGCCAACAAGGUGCUGGCAGUAGAUUCGGUGCUGCAGGCAGCCAAGGAGGUGCUGGCAGUGGAUUUGGACCAGGAGCUGGAGGCCAACAAGGUGCAGGCAGCAGACUCGGAGCUGGAGGCAACCAGGGAGGCCAACAAGGUGCAGGCAGCAGAUUCGGAGCUGGAGGCAGCCAAGGAGGUGCUGGCAGUGGAUUUGGAGUAGGAACUGGAGGCCAACAAGGUGCUGGCAGUGGAUUCGGUGCUGGAGGAAACCAAAGAGGUGCAGGGGGCAGCAGAGGAGGUGCUGGCAAUGGGUUCGGAGCAGGAGCUGGAGGCCAACUAGGUGGUGGCAGUAGAUUUGGAGCAGGAGGCAGCCAAGGAGGUACUGGAGGAAGUCGAGGAGGUGCAGAAUCAGGGGCUGGAAGCCAACAAGGUGCAGGCAGUAGAUUCGGUGCUGGAGGUAGCCAAGGAGGUGCAGGAGGCAGUCGAGGAGGUUCUGGAAAUGGGUUUGGAACAGGAGCUAGUGGCCAACAAGGUGCAGGAAGCAGAUUUGGUGCUGGAGGCAGCCUGGGAAGUACUGGCAGUGGGUUCGGAACAGGAGCUGGUGGCCAACAAGGUGUUGGCAGCACAUUCGGUGCUGGAGGCAGCCGAGGAGGUGCAGGCAGUGGGUUCGGCGCUGGAGGCAGACAGAUAGGAGCAGGUAGUGCAUUCGGAGCAGGAGCUGGAAGCCAGCAAGGUGUUAGCGGUAGAUUCAGAGCUGGAGGUGGCCAAGUAGGUACUGGCAACGGAUUCGGAGUUGGAGUCAGCCAAGGAGGUGCUGGUAGUGGAUUUGGAGCUGGUGAUGCUGUUGGUUCAUUCCUGAGUAAUCUUGGAAUGCAGGAUCUUUUUCAGGCUUUGAAGACCUACAGUAUGUGGAUGGAUUCUUUGAGCCCCUGAACCUCCCAGCAGGAGCCACUGCUUUAUUAGGAGACAUAUCAACUUCCUUCUCCUGUGCUGAACGUCCUUAUGGUUACUAUGCUGACCAGGACAACUCCUGCAGAAUCUUCCAUAUCUGCUAUCCUGCACUCUUCUCCAAUGGUGCCAUUGAAACUUAUCAAUACAGCUUAAUGUGUGGUGAGGGCUCCGUUUUCGACCAGAAACAGCUGACUUGCGUAGAACCAUCAGAAGCUAUCCCAUGCCAGGAAUCUUCUAACUUCUUGUAUGUAAAUGAACAAUUUGGCCGCCCUGAAGAAAAGGGUAUUUGAAAGCCCUCUAGAUGUGAUGCUCACGACAAUGACCAUGAACAAGAAGUCCUCCUAGGAAAUAGUACAAGUGGUUUAUGCAACAUGUUUAUAGGUAACACUAGUUAAUAAAGUGCAUGUCCUAGAAGUGUAUGAUUAUCAUAUAAUAAGCAAUUGCAAAUAAGACAA